GUCGCACCGAGGAGGGAGAGCGAGGAGGCGGGGAACCGGAGAGAGGAGGCCCCGGCGGUACCGAGCACCGACACUUAGCGACCCAGCGACCCGACCACAGAGGCUCCGAGGCCCGCAGACUGACAGGAGGAGGACAAGAGGAUGGAUGGAGAGACUUCUAUCAGCCGUCGUCCUGCUCCCCCUGCUGGUUCUCUACCACAACUGCAGUUCUCGUAGUAUUUAGAUGCAGUACUCAGUACUAAUACUUCAAGUGUACAAAAGCAUUUUGAUGCUAACGGACAUUAAGCGGCACCCGUAGGUCCGUUAUCCCGGCCUUGUUGUAAUCUUAGCAAACAGCUUCUAUUCACCUGCUCUGAAAAUGUAGCUAGCUUAAUUUUGCAGCUAUUCAAGGUUAGCAGCUAACAGCUAGCUCACCACAUACCUGUCCACACCCAUUUCUUAAAUUCAACUUGAAAACAAUGACCUUAAAAAUGUAGUUAGACUCUGACCAGGAUCAGGUGCUUGGCAGCUAACGGCUAGUUAGCGCUAGUGGAGAGCCGGUAGCGGUGGCGCAGGACUAAGUCAACGCAGAGCAGGGGUGCGAUGGAGUACCACUCCGGUGGUAGCCUGCCCCUGCUGGGGAGACCGCGGUACUGUCCUGGGGCCAAUGCUAACGGAGGAUACCUGUGUGAGACGGGCCACUGCUGCGGAGAGACCGGCUGCUGCACCUACUACUACGAGCUCUGGUGGUUCUGGCUGCUGUGGACCAUCCUCAUCCUGUUCAGUUGCUGCUGUGCCUACCGACACCGCCGAGCCAAACUCCGAGUCCAGCAGCAGCAGAGGCAGCGAGAGAUCAGCCUGCUGGCCUAUCACGGAGCCAACUCCUACCCCUCCUCCAUGCUGGACCUCAGUUUCCUGGCGUCUCUGAAGCUGCCGUCCUACGAGGAGGUGGCGGCUCAGCCCUCCACCCCUCCUCCACCCUACAGCUCUGUGUUCACCAGUCCACGCUACCCACAGCCCCCCCGUACCACCGACCCCCACCUGCUCACGCAACACGGCCCUCUGCUGCACCGACCGCUCAGCGAUGGUCCAUCCUCUCUCAGCUCUGAUAACAGCUCCAGUUGUUCCUGUGACUCCUGCUGUCCCUCCUCUCCGUGUAGCUCCUCCCUAUCGGCACCUGUCACGUACGAGACUGACACAAGCCACGCCUCCACUCCAAGUGAGGUGGCUCCCCUCACACUUGAUGUCACAAUGGAAACCAUCACCGCUGCAGCUUCCUGCUUAGAGGUAAACGAGACACGAUUUGCUUCUGAGAGGAUCGUGGCCUCAGUGGCCAUUGACAUCGAUGAGGUGGAAGCUGCCGGAGCUCAGGAACCUCAGGACUCAUCGGUUCCCAACAAGACUGUUACUGUGGCCGUAGUUACCAGGGCGGCCUCCCCUCAGCCUCCAUCCUCUCCUGGUUCAGAGAUGGCCCUUAAUGUUGGAGCUACAUCUCCCAUAGAGCAACAGCUUGAUCUAAGACCAUGUACAACGGUAGUUAGCACUUGUAGCUCCAGUGUACUCCCUGGUCCAAGUGCUGUUGACUCAGCACUCCCUUCCAUCCAAGUAAUAAGCGUUGAGUUCCCAGCUGAGGGCUCCAGAACUACCCCUUCCCCGACAAUUACACUAAAGUCCAGCCCAUCUACUCCAACAGACGACACUUCUAAAAGGCUGACAGCCGAACUUACUGUAGAGACCCUCAAUUCAACGAGGACUUUUGAUACACCCAACGUUCCCAGUAGCCCAACUUCAGUACCGUCUCCAGAUGUGGAAAGAACUUUGGCCUUGCUUACGGGCUCUGCUGGUCUCCCAACCCUGGACCCAAAUCCUAGCCUUGUGCCAAUACCAGCGCCUUCAACCCUCACCCAAGCUCCAGACCCAGUGCCUACAAACCAAGCCGGAGACACCAUAAACUUUACCUGUCCAGAAGUAGAACCCUCAAACCUGACCCCCCUUUCAGACCCACUGUUACCUUCAAACCACACCCCAAUACUAGACUCACCAACUAUCCUUGUUCCGCUCUCCACAUUUAACCCUGGUUUAACUCCUUCACAUUCGACCCUUACCUUAGCCGCAGAUGCAGCACCCAUUUUACCCACUUUAGCCCAUUGCCAGAACCCAGAGCUGUCACUGGUGUCAGGUCUAACUCCGGCUCCUGCUUUCCCAAUUUCAGACUUGCCCCAACACCCAGCGGCUGUAGCUGGUCUUGUAUCUUGUCUCAAUCCGGAUACUGAAUCGGGGCCUUGUCUGGUCCUGGCUCAGUUGUUCACCGCCCCAACACCUUUUUCCUCCUGUCCAGCCAUAACCAUACAGUCUGAAUCUUAUUUUGCCUCCUCUCAGUCGCCCCCUUCAGUCAUGUCCCCGUCCUCACCCCCUUCCCUUCCCUCUCCUCCAUUUCUCUCCUCCCAACCAACACUUGCCUCCACCUCCCUCAAAACCCCAGCUUUACUUCUGGACCCACUCUCUGCUCUACACCAGUCUGACAAAGGUGGAUCCUCCUCCGGCCACGCUUCCUCACUCUCCCCCUCACCUCGUGCCACUCAGUCCCCUCCGAAACAGACUCUCUUCUCCCCCUGUGUGGAUGUCUUUGAACCAGGGCCCCCCCACUGGGAGGACGGAGAAGAGAAUCAGGAGGAGGAGGACAACGAUGAUGAAGAUGAUGACAUGGGAGCUGAUGAGAGCCAGUAUAGACAUCGACGACUGACUGGUGACUCUGGAAUCGAGGUGUGUAGGUGUCGGGUAGAGAAGGAAGAUGAGGAGGAGGAGGAGGAGGAAGAGCAGAAAGUGGAAAGGAAGGAGGACAGUAGGAGAGGAGGAGGAGGAGGAGGGGAGAGGGAUAAAAAUGGAGGUGGAGACACUGAUCUCCAUGAUAGUGUGGACUGCCCUGCCAGAGGUCAGAUAACCACAGGGGAGGAACUGACACUGUGUAACCCCGCCUCCUCGACCACGCCAACUUCGGAGGACUGUGGGGAAGUCGUCAUUGUGAUGGAGACGGUUUGACGGAUUGAACCAUUCGCCAUCCAGACAAGAAGAGGAAUUAACACAGAUUUUGGAGAUUGUCCUGAAUUUGACGGGUUACAUCAUAUCAAUAAAUGUUGCUGGUCUGUUAGUCAGACCAGCACAGGCAGUGGUAGUGUCACAGCAAAAUAUCCAAUGAGAAGCAUUGUCUCAACUCAACCCUGUUUAUUCAACUGAGAGUUGGAAUCUUAAUUGGUCAUGGCUCCAGUGUAAUGUGAGUUUGAAAAGGAGGAGAGGCGUUUACUGAGAUCGCAUUCAAGGUUGAUGAAGUUUUACAACCACUGCACUAGAGAACUGCUGACGGCUAGAGAAUGUCAAGAAUUGCAAAAGACUGCUUGAUAGAUGGUCCCAUGCAUUCACGCUCUGCAUGUCAAUAUAUUUGGCCAAUCAAAUUCUAUGUAGAAGCUUCUAGUUAUCACUUUUAUCCCGGGUCAAAUUCAUUCCUAUAAGCAGAUGAUUAAAACAUAAGCAAAAGCAUAUUUAUUAAGUGUGGACGAUUAAAACAUUGUUUCUCAACGCCACUAGGUACCUUUAACCCUGAGCUACAAGUCAUUAUAAAUUUGCGGCAGAUUUAUAAAGAUGAAAAGUUUAGCUAACUAGCCAAACUCGUCCUUUGAGGACACGAUUACGCAGAUCUCAGAUCAGGUACCAGUUUGCAAACAGCAGUCACGUCAACAGUCGUAAAUAUUAAACUCAGACUGAUCUUUCUGACAGUUCCAGUUGAGUAACUUUGCACUUAAUGCAGAAGUGACUAAAACAGUAAAGACAUGGGGACAAAAUUAAAUUCAGUUACUAUAGAUGAACUGCUGUGUUGACCAGGCACAACCAUCACUCCACCAGUUGUCAAGUGAUCCAAUAACGUGCACGCUCACAAGUCCUUAACAUUCGAAUCAUGCACGUCGGCCUUCUGUCCCACAUGGUGCGAACAUGGUCUCCUUGGGAUGCGUCACACCUCUGACAGGAAUGACGUUGUCUUCAUUACGCCUGUCACCAAAAAGAGAAAAGCAACUUUAAAUAGUUGAAUGUUUAGCGUGAGACUCCUCGCUCGUCUCCGAUGAUGACGGCGGUUUUGGAGACAUACGAGGGACAAAGUGGACGUGGGAGGAUGAUUCAUGCUGACUGACAGAGGGAAGACUGAUUCAUGCGUUCAGAGGGACGACUUGACGAAGACGUCUGUCAUGAAAGAGGGACUGGGUGGGUAGUUUAUAGAACGGGAGAGAGGGCUCCUCAGAUUUGAUGCAUUUCUGGUUUAACUCGAUCCUAUGUGGAAGGUUUCAUGGUGAGGGGGGGGGGGGGAGGGGGGUGUAUUCUCUUCGCAUCAAAAGCGUUUUUUUUAUAAAUUGGAAUAAACAAUGGCGGCUGUGAGACGGAAACAAAGCACCAAACAGAGACGGCAGAGUGUGUCAUCGUCUUUGUCUCUUCAUCUGAAUUUGAGGUCAGAUGCAACAAAGCUACGUUUAGUCCUCAUCUAAACUCAAAUUAGAAUUCUCUCCGUUCGUAGACACCUCUCCUUCUUUUAACAUUCACAUCCGGAUUAGUAAACUGAAUUUACUUCAGACUACAAAACAACGCAAGUUCUUUCAAGGUCUUUAAAAAGUGACAGUCCUGGAGUCAAUUUAUUUUAAGGCCUGUUGUUGUAACAUAUUAAUGUUCCGUGCGCCGUCGGAUCGAUCAGUGUGUCAUUAUUGAUAUUUUUUGACAGAAAGACUUAAAGGUAGAGAGUAUAUUUUGUAAAUGACAGAGUGUUAGUAACAUUUGUAUUGUACACGAUGGUGAAUUUACGACCACCGUCUGAAUUAGUGAAGAGCAAUAUUUUUCAUCAGCAAGAGUCUGUGUGUAAAUAACAAAUUCAGGACGACUGGGACACAUCGUCACUGUUGGGUGAAAACCUUGUUGCUCCAGGGGAGGUGGCGGAAAUAUGAUGCACUUCUCUGUGGUUGGCUUUGGUCGAGGGAAAUCCUCCUCCCCCCCCCCCCCCACACACACACACAGACACACACAAACUGAAAAAUGCAUCAGUAUCUCAAAGAAGAACUGAUCUUUGUCCUGGAGAUGUGAAGUUUUUACCCAACAGCUGCAGAGAAAUACGGAAGAGUGGAGGGGUCGGGUGUCAGAACAAACUUGUCCCUCUAAAUUCAAAUCAGGCUGCACCAAAUAGGCAGUGCCACAGCAUGCCUGAGUAUUUUCAUCAAGGUCCAUGAAUUAUUGAAAAUGUUGAAAUACGUCCUAUCUCACAAUGUUAGAGAAAGUGAAAAAAAAGUUAUCCUGGCCUCGCACCAAAUCCUUAUCGGCCUCUCCCCUGACCUGGAACACAUCCUUCCACCGGGUUUUCUGGUCAUCUGUCUUUGGCCUGAUUCCACCACUCUUCUGUAGAAAAGGAUAGUAGAGGCUGCUGAGUCAUUUCCAACACAAGAGACUCAGGUUUGCCAACACACAAUUUGUAAUAGUUUUGAAUUGUGUAGAAAUGAUCUUUGUUAUUAUAUAAAAGGAAAAACCUGUUUCACAGCCGGUUCUGACAAAAGCUGAAGGUCUCCUCCACCUCGUCACGUAAAGUGUGUUGAUUCAAACCAGAUGUUGACGUGUGUUGGAAAAGAAAAAAAAACUCGAGAGAAACCGACGAGAGGAAGAAUGUGCAGUGAUGUCAUCAGAUUGUACCGGCAGAUGAUUGGUUGAUCAAAUUCAGUCUCAUUCGGACGGGAUUCACGGCUCGAGGGGUCAGAGCGGGAUUUAAACAUUUCCUCUUCAGUGAUUUCAACAUGAAUGUUAGUAAUAUUUCACCACCUCUAUAGUUAUAAUUACAGCCACAUUAACAAUAAUUUACAUCCCAUUGGCAACAUUAAAAUGAGCAGGAUUAGCUUUUAGCACCUCCUAUCUGCAGUGCACUUAUUGAUGGGAUCACCUGUAUUUGUGAUGGACAUCGGUAAUGAGGAGCUUUUCAUGGUUUACAAACCAUAAACAUCUGGUCUGGUGAUUAUAUUUCGUCCCUCUCCCUCCCUUGUGUUGUUAAUCUAGUCCGAAUGUUGCUUAAAUGAGACAUAUUCUAUUCAUCAUGUUAAUGUUAUUACUGUAAAAUGUUUAUAUCUUUCCUCAGACUGUCCAUCGCUGCAGCUCCUCUUUUCAGCCUCUGUCUCAAACACUUGGUUUUAGUUCCUGUCUCCUCAAGACCCCUCCCUCUUGAUAUCACUUCAAACUCCUUGUCUGAAAACAACCUGGUCCGUCCCAUCAGGAUCAUGUGGAAGUAUGACCCUGACUUCUGACCAGGUGUUUCACAGACUUUGGGCUGUUUUAAAAAACUUUUCACAACUUCUACAUUCACCAAAAAGCAAACAUAAUAUGUCUCCUUUAAGAAAGUAAGCACGCAGCAUCUUGAGGCAAUACCGUUCAAUACCGAAAAAGAUGUGUUCUCAGGUCCCUGUGGUGCAGUGGUCACCUGACGGUUGUUUCACCGAUAUCAUUAAUUCAGCUUUCUCCGACGGAAAGACCUCGAGUCUGAUUGAAUGAUCCUUAAACCCUGUGUCCAUGCUGCAUUACAAACACAGACUUGUCACAAAGGGACAAUGGCUAUGACCACACGGACGCCCACGAUGGACAAAGCUAUGUUGGACUUCAUCACGACAAAAUCAAUGUCCUGCCACGGAGCGAACGGUUACUACAAACUGAUUGACAGCUGGAUGUUUCGUGCACAAGAUUGGAUUCGAACAUGGACGGAUGAAAAUGAUCCAAUCUUUCUUUUCUAAACCUCUGUGGGAGAAAUUCACAGACGCAGGAAUCUGGUUUUGAGCGGGUUUGGACUUCGGAGAGCUCAAGGAGAUUUUCCGACUGAGACCCGAGGUCCCAAAAACACGCAACCUUGAUCGAUGGAGUCCAGGCAACAUUCACGCCUGAGGACGGAGAGUUCGUAGAGGCUGAGGAAGCUCCUCCAGGGUGACACCGAGCCGUCGAUGUUGUGGUUGAUGUUGUGGUUGAUGGUGUUUUUUGUUUACCUGAACUAAUAAGGUUAUAUAUCUCCAGUGGUUACAGAGUGCCAUUUCUACUUGACAACUGUUACUACUUAGCAUUAGACAGAGCUGUUCUCGCUCUGCGUGGGUGUGGGCUGUGACCAGAGUGACUGGAGGGAUGUGUGAAACCUGUCUGUAGCUCCGGUUCCCAAAGCAUCUGCAGCUUCUCACAUCAGCCUCCUGAAGGAAAGCAGCUGCUGUAAAUGUGACGUGUGAGGAUUUGAUCCAAAUUCAUUAUAAUGUGUCUCAUUACAGUGUAUCCCUCCACUAAGACCCUUGACCUUUCUGUGCUGUGAUGCACUCAUUGGUAAACUCUUCAACCGAGUGGCUGAUGACAGCGUAGAUGAUCGAGGCUGAUGUCAGAGACAAGCUCACGUUUGGAAACCCGGUGUUUUUCUCUUUGUGUCCAGUUUUUUCUAGUUUUUCAAUUAAUGUCGGUGAAUGACAACAUUCAGAAAAUAGUCCUCUCCUAGAGUUUCAUCACUGGUUGGAUUCACACUGACAGGUCAGCUUUGAUUUCCCAGUAAGGACAUCAGGACAAUCUUUAAAAGCAAAACAACAAAUUAAAUUAACCUCUACUGGUUUAUAGUGAAACCUUCAAAGUCAAGACAAAGCACAUUAAGUUAUUUCACGUUAAGUAAGAAACAUAAACCUUACAACUAAGUUAAUACACUGCAAGACACUGAACCUUCCACUCCUGGACGUACAAGACAAAAACUUGUAAUGUUGUUUUCUUGUACUAAAUUAAAUUUUCUCUUCCAGUUGAUUUGGCUUCACUUUAAGGACCCAUUCUGUUUCCCAUCUAUUAUUUACAGCCUGUGCUGACCCUGAAAUGUGAACCCAGUCAGUUCCAGAAAACUCGUUCGAUCAACUUUCACGCCUCCAGUGUUUGGCAAAUGAUUUAAUUUACUAAAACGUCAGAAUGUUCCUUCUAUCGUAGAAGCCCCUCCCCCUGUCGUAAAGACGGUUUUCUCCUCGUUGUCUCGUCUCUUCUGUCCCUCCUCGUUGCAUGAGGUUUCUGUCAGAGGAGUCGAAGGAGGCACAGAAGAGACGAUCCUUUCAAGUCCCUGAAUAUCCCGAUGAUAACGAUGCUAAACAUUGGAGUUAUCUAAUGAAUAGUGUGUAUGUUUGGACGUGUGUAGGUAUGUGUGUGACCUAACUAAACCAGCCUGUUCUAACAGUGUGUGAAGAUAUACUGAAUAAAACUGUUAAAUCCA